CCGUGUGUGCAUGUCGCUCUCUUUUACCUUCUUGUAAAUACGUAGUCGUAAUUCAUUACACUAAGUUUACUAUUACUUGUAAAGUUAGUUAUAAACAUGUGUCUCGCUAAGGAUGGAUCACCUUCGCCGCAAAAGGAGGCUGUGUCGCCUCGUUCUCCUUGGAAGAAGCUCUUGAACCGUCAGAGCUCAAAGCCCAAAUUACCCCGAAAGGUGACGACAUCGACGCGAGUUAAUCUUAAUAAGUGCUGGACGAAACUUGGUGAGCUGAUAUCCAACACGUCGCCGCGCGCUGACCUGCCAUCGCAUAAGACUGCAUAUCCUGAGGAACCUCUUCUGGUGCCGUUCUCUGAAUACUUCUACCCAGUUGACCCGGUCAAACCGGUGCCUGUUGAAGACAAUGAUAACGCAGAGAACCAGAACAUUCUCAACAACAACAGAUUCGAGCUGAUCUCCGAAGCUUUGGAAAUCAACGACAACAUGGCCAACGAAGUGCGCGAAAUCUGCUACUCGGCGAUCAAGAGCAACUGUUUCGUAUGUAAAUUAUGCUAUUAAUCUAUAUUUAUCCCUUAGUUUUAAUUCCAAUAACCGCUCUUCCGAAUCCUUUCUUCCCAUUCGAAGCUUUAAUUUUUCGUACUAUUAAUUCAGUGAAAAACAAAAUCAUGUCUUCCAAUGUAUAGAUUAAGUGCGUGCUCGUUUCGUAGAAUAAUCAAUCGUGUCUUCCAUUAGACUUAGCACUGUCACAAUAACUGGUUAGUUUUGACAGCUAUCAUGACAACUGUAAAAAAAGAUUUUAAGACCAAGAUAACCAGUAUCAUUUACAUGUCAACUUUUACUUUUAAAUUAUGUUUGUGUCAUCUUUUUUUUCUGUCAGAACUGGCCAGUUAUAUGUCGAUAGGUAUAGUUAGAUCGAUGGUGCAUCAUGUCACUUCCAGUUGGCUAAAUUGUGAUUGUUAUUAAUUAAUUUUCUGUGAUCUUAGCUGUAUUAGCUACUCGGAAUCAUAUUGAAGCAUCAUCGAUAUGUUUAAAUUAAUUGUUCGAUUUAAUAUAACAGUGUAAAUUGUCAGCAUGUUUUGGUAGACAGCUUUAAAGCCCAACUGCACUGUAUUUAUCAUCGCACAAAUAACCGGUUAUCUCUUGCAUUUCAAUCCUUGAAUAAAUCAUAUUUGUAUCGUAAAUCAACGUCUUCCAUUAGUUUGUAAGAAUUCGUCUGUGAUUUUAAAAAUACACGUGAAAGCUUUAAUUAGUUUUAAGAGAUUUAUUAUAACAAUUAAAUUGUUUAUUAUAAGCAAAUUAUAAAGGAUAUAUUAAAAUUGCUCACUGUGGAUGUUUAUUACUAGAAACUUAGAAUUGAAAUUUAAUUGUAUUAUUUUAGUAUAAGAUUAAUUUUCCUUUGAUUGUAGGUUUUUAGUACUAUUAAGAACAUCCACAAUGUGCUAUUUAACUUAGAAAAUAGUAAACAUAUCUUCAACGAAAGCUUUAAUAGAUUUUAAGAUUAGAUUUAGACAAUUUUGAUUACUGUUUCUUUUAUGUUGUUUAAUUCAUUGAAAUUUUGUAUUAAGUAAAAGUAGGCCGAGCGUGCCAAUCUUAAUUUUUAGGAUUAACUUAUACUUUUAUUGCAUGCUUUUUUUUCUUAUUAUAUGUUUUUAGUAUAAG